AAUAAAGGUGGCAGUAUGGAAAAGACACUUCCCCGUGUGUUCCUGACGGGCCGUGAAUGGUGACGGAAGCGCCGCCGGAUCCGAGGCCAUGUGCAGCACCAUGGGCACGGUGGAGGAUUCCGAGUGGCUGCGCUGGGUGACGAAGCAGUUCGGGAGCAUCGCUGGGAAGGACAAGGAAAUCAGCCUGGAAGAGUUCAAAAGUGCCCUGCAAGUGAAGGAGUCCUUCUUUGCCGAGAGGUUCUUCGCCCUGUUCGACGCCGACGGCAGCGGCACCAUCAGCCUGGAGGAGCUGCUGAGGGCCCUGAGGCUGCUCGUGCACGGGGACCAGGAGGACAAGCUCAGCUUCCUCUUCCAGGUCUACGACGUGGACGGCAGCGGCUCCAUCGAGGCAGAGGAGCUGCAGUUGGUGCUGCGCUGGUGCCUCCGGGAGAGCUCCGUGUCCCUGCCCGAGGAGCGCCUGGGGGACCUCACCAGAGCCCUCCUGGAGGCGGCUGACAGGGACCACAGCGGCUCCAUCACCUUCCCGGAGCUCCGGGAGCAGCUGGAGGCCUUCCCAGAGCUCAUGGAGAACCUGACCAUCAGUGCCGCCAGCUGGCUGAAGCCUCCGGAGCCCCCGGAGCGGCCCCGCCCGCGCUGCCUGUCCCGGGGCUACUGGCACAACCACCGGGGCCAGCUGGGCUGCCUGGGGGGCUUCGCCGCCCUCAACCUGCUGCUCUUCACCCUGGCGGCCCUGCGGCACCGCGGGCUCGGCCCCGCGCUCAUGGUGGCCCGGGGCUGCGGGCAGGGGCUAAACCUCGACUGUGCCCUCCUGGCUGUGCCGAUGCUGCGGCGGUGCCUGACCUGGCUCCGCUCCACGGCCGCGGCCGAGGCGCUGCCCCUGGACCAGCCCGUGCAGUGCCACCAGCUCGUGGGGUACGUGGUGCUGGCCCUGGGGGCCGCUCACAGCGGGGCUCACAUCGCCCACCUCGCCCGGCUGGCACAGCGGGACGGGGGCCCUGCCCUGCUCGAGUCGCUGCUGCGGGCACGGCCCGAAGGGGGCGGCGUGGGGGGCACAGCCCCCCAGACCGGGCUGGCGCUGCUGGCGCUGCUGCUCGCCAUGGGCACCUUCUCCAGCCCCUGCGUCCGGCGCCGAGGCCACUUCGAGGUUUUCUACUGGACCCACCUCUCCUACAUCUCCGUCUGGACCCUCCUCAUCUUCCAUGGUCCCCAUUUCUGGAAGUGGUUCGUGGUUCCUGGCUCCCUGUUUGUGCUGGAGAAGGUUCUGGGCUGGGCCUGGCGCCGGGCGGGGGGGCUGCACAUCGUGGAGGUCAAUCUGCUCCCCUCCAAGGUGACUCACCUGGUGAUCCAGAGACCUCCGUCCUUCCACUUCAAACCCGGGGACUACGUGUACCUGAACGUGCCGGCCAUCGCCUCCUAUGAGUGGCACCCCUUCUCCAUCAGCAGCGCCCCUGAGCAGCCAGAGACUCUCUGGCUGCACAUCAGGUCUCUGGGCCAGUGGACCAACAGGCUGUACGAGUACUUCCAGCAGCUGCAAUCGCCCAGCCCGGAGCCAAAACCGCCCGGGAGGAGCCGGAGCUGGGCACAGGAAGGCUCGGUGGCCUCUGGCAGGGAUGGAUCCAUCCGGCUGACAGCGUUCAGAGCCACUGACCCAGGACAGGACCCGGAGAGGGGGGGCUCCACCGGGCCGGGGGAGACCCGGCGGCUCUGCAGCGUCAAGUGCUUCCUCGAUGGUCCCUAUGGGACCUCGACGCGGCGGAUCUUCCUGUCGGAACACGCCGUGCUCAUCGGGGCCGGGAUUGGGAUCACCCCCUUUGCCUCCAUCCUGCAGAGCAUCAUGUACAGGUGGGUGUCCCUGCAGCUCAGGGUGCCCCUGGAGAUCUGGGAGCUUCCCAGAAUGGCCCUGGCUGAAUUUGGGAAGCACCAGGUGAUGUUCACCCAGAAAGACCUGGCCUUCGACACCCCUCGGGGUCCUGCUUGCUUCCAACCUUAG